AUGUUGACUUUAUGGAACUUAUUUGAAGCUAGUUUACUCUGCCUUAAUGCUGUUUGUGUUCUACAUGAAGAAAGAUUUAUGCAAAAAAUGGGAUGGGGUGCUAAUACUCAAAAUCAAGGUUUCCAAGAUCAAUCUUCUAUUAAAUAUCAAAUUCUGAAUUUGGUCAGGUCAAUAAGGACAGUAACAAGAAUACCACUCAUUAUACUAAAUAUAUUAACAAUAAUAUUUAAACUAUUGUUGGGA